AUGGCAGGCGACAGCGCGAAAAAAAUCAUCCAGCGCAACCGCGCGAGAAUUUCUUUCCUCCACAAACUCGUGUCUGUCUCUUUUCUGCAACACGUGCUCGUUCGAUUCGUGUGGCAAUUUAGAUCAUCAUCAUCAUCAUCAUCCGAACAUCCGAUUUGGAAAUUCCACACCGUCUUCUGGUCGUGCGCGUGUUUGUUUUGCUACCGGAGUUUACUGAAACACGCAAAACCGACGUACGAUGCGCACACGAAAGAACUGGUCGACCCUGGCAUGGAUUUAUCGCAACCUGGUUUGACGCAGUAUUAUUACGACUGCGUGUACGUGACGUGCGCGAGCAUGUGGUUGAGCUCGUUCGUGAGCGAUAGGUUUUGGUACUUGACGUAUUUUGUCCCUGCGUACGGCGCGUACGCGUUGUGGGGGUACGUCGGGCCAUACGUGAAGAAUUUUAGGAUGAAUAACAAGAACGAUUCGACGGAGGAACGGGAGAGCAAACACGAGAAGAGGAUGCGGGAGAGACGAGAGAGGCGGCAACAGAAGAGCGGUGGUAACAGGCGUUAG